AUGCUAAACCUUACAAAGGCUAGCAUAACCUUAAACGGGCUUGGUCGGGGUUUGUUAGCAGAAAAACGCUUUUCUGCAGCAAAACUUAUCAGUCGAGGACUAGUGUGCGCAGAACAUGUCGAUGAUAGUGGCAACAACGAGGUUUAUGAUGUUAUUAUAUCCGGGGGAGGGAUGGUUGGAUCUGCAAUGGCAUGCGCCCUAGGCAUGCAUCCCAACUUGUCAGAUAAGAAGAUCCUUCUCCUGGAAGCAGGAAACAAAAAAGUGAUGGAUCAGGUCCCUGACAGCUACAGCACCAGAGUCAGCUCUAUCAGUCCAGGCUCUGCUGCACUCCUUAGUGAUAUUGGUGCAUGGGAGCAUAUCACAAAAAUGAGGUGCAAGCCUUAUAAAAAGAUGCAGGUUUGGGAUGCUUGCUCCGAUGCCCUGAUCACAUUUGAUAAAGACAAUCUGGAGGAGGAGAUGGCCUACAUCGUGGAGAACGAUGUGGUCGUGGCGGCGCUCACCAAACAGCUGGACGCGCUGUCUGAUAAUGUGCGGGUCAAAUACAGGUCCAAAGUGGUGACGUACACAUGGCCAAUGCCGCAUCAAGCGGUACGCUCCAUGCCCUGGGUGCAAAUUAGGUUAUCCAGCGGGGAAACACUGCAGACCAAGCUGCUUAUAGGAGCAGACGGACCCAACUCGAUGGUGAGACGGCAAUUAGGGAUCCCCACAGUCAAGUGGAAUUACGACCAAUCGGCUGUGGUUGCUGUGCUGCAUCUAUCAGAGCCUACAGAGAACAAUGUGGCGUGGCAGAGAUUCCUCCCAACAGGCCCCAUUGCAAUGUUACCGCUGUCGGACACGGAGAGCUCUCUCGUGUGGUCAACCAGUCAUCAUCUCGCCGAAGAGCUCUUAGCAAUGGAUGACGAGUGCUUCGUCGACGCCAUCAACUCCGCUUUUUGGAGUAAUGAGAACCAGUCAGAGCUGGUGGAGAAAGCCGGGUCUCUCUUCCGAAGCGCCCUCUCUGCAGUCAUGCCAUCCACAGGUUCACCUCGCCAGCUACCCCCGAGCGUGGCCGGCAUCGGCCCCAAAUCCCGUGUCAUGUUCCCUCUCGGCAUGGGUCAUGCGUCGGAGUACAUUAGGCACCGUGUUGCACUCAUUGGGGACGCAGCCCAUCGUGUCCAUCCACUGGCCGGUCAGGGAGCCAACCUGGGUUUCGGGGAUGUGGCUUGCCUCACACAGCUACUAAGCCAGGCCGCCUUUAACGGGAAGGACCUGGGCUCAACGCAGCACCUGCUAGAAUAUGAAAGUGAGCGGCAACGGCACAACCUCCCCAUGAUGGCCGCCAUCGACCUCAUGAAACGCCUCUAUUCCACCAAUACCGCUCCCGUGGUUCUCCUGCGCACCUUCGGCCUGCAGGCCACCAACAUGCUCCCAACGCUAAAAGAACAGAUCAUGGCGUUUGCAAGCAAGUGA